CGAAUGGCUUCGCUCACAUCUUUCUCCGCCGCCAUUACGGAACAACAAUUCAAACUAGCGCAUAACCCACAACCUCAUCGUCAUCGUUCUCAGCCACUUCCUCUGUUCGCUGAUUGGACCGCUUCUCUACGCAGCGUCACUUCCGUCUCCUCCUUAGCAGAGCAAGAUGGCGGCCGUCGUAGAGGGAGUUGAUGGAUGUGUUGGGUCCUUGGACUCGGACGCGGUGUCACCGAGACAGUCCAGCCCUCCACCGGACCAGCCGCACCAGAACAACCCGCUGUUAGGACUGCCCAUUGUGGCCAUCGAUGCCAUUCUGAAUUUUCUGACCUACGACGAAAUUAGCCUGCUGCGCUCGGUGUGUAAGCGCAUGGACGUGAUCUGCCAGCGCGUCCUGAACCAGGGCUUCCUGAAGGUGGAGCGGUACCACAGUCUGUGCCAGAGGCAAGUCAAAGCCCAGCUGCCCAGGCGAGAAUCUGAGAGGAGAAACCAUUCCCUGGCCCGCCACGCUGACAUCCUGGCUGCCGUGGAGACGCGCCUCUCCCUGCUCAACAUGACCUUCAUGAAAUACGUUGACUCCAACCUCUGCUGCUUCAUCCCUGGAAAGGUGAUCGAUGAGAUUUACCGCGUGCUGCGCUACGUGAACUCCACUCGGGCCCCACAGCGAGCUCACGAGGUUUUACAGGAGUUGAGGGAUAUCUCCUCCAUGGCCAUGGAGUACUUUGACGAGAAGAUUGUCCCCAUCCUGAAGAAGAAGCUGCCGGGGGCAGACCUGUCCGGACGCCUCAUUGGCUCCACACCAGUGGCCGGUCCGUCCACCUCCCUGACCACCAUGUCCCUGUUGGCCAAGAACACGCCGUCGCGCUCGGAGAUGACCAAGGUGCAGCAGCAGGUGAAGGUGAACGGCGCGUCGAUGACGGUGCUGCGCCGCGAGAUGCAGGAGAUCCGCGUCAAGCAGCUGGAGCAGCAGAAGCAGCUGCAGGACCAGGAGCAGAAGCUGCUGGAACAGACCCAGGUGAUCGGCGAGCAGAACGCCCGCCUCGCCGAGCUGGAGCACAAGCUCCGCGAACUGAUGGACAGCAGCGCCGCCGCCGCCGCCUCCCUGGGCGGAGCCCGGCCCGCCGCCGCCGCAGCCCCCUCCACAUCCAGCAGCACCGCCGCCGCCGCCACGGCCAAUACGGUGUUGGCCAGUGGCAGCGGCGCCGCAGCGUCUCUAUCCAGAGAGCCAGAGGGCGAAGGGGGGUCAUCGCUCAAACGCACCAGAAAGAGCUCGGAGCUCCCGCGACAGUCCAAACGGCUGCGCAGCAAGAAAUAAGAGACUCAGUGUGUCAUGUAGUUGAAGUUCUGUUUUUGGUUUCGAGGUCUGACUGAUCACACCUUCUCCCAAACCCCCCACCCCCCCCGGUCUCUGCCCACCCCAGCAACCCCCAUCAGAAUCAGAACCUAGGCAGGUGGUCGAGCUUUUGCAGCGAAGACUAUUUAUUGAAGAUUACGUUAAAAUCACUGUAUAUCUUUUUAAUGUAGAUGCUUUUCUAACAGGCUUAAAUGUUUGCCAAACAUUUUGGUAGGGCUAAACCGAAAUUCGGAUGGUGAGUUAAAUUUGGUCAACAGAAGUCACAUGUCACGUAAUAUUAAUGUAGUCCCUCCCGGUUUGUGAAAUGAAAUGUACCAAUAGAUUUCAUUUCACAAACGCACACGAUUAAAAGGAUAUCCCAGUGAAAAUGCAGUGUCAUGACAGUCCUUACAUCACUAUAACCCAAACUUCUAAUAAUAAUCCUACUGUUAAGUUUCAUGUUCAGGGUAAUCAGUGAUGGGUAGGAAGCAUUGAUUUCAUUCAUACGUUCUUCCUAACUUUGGCUAAGUGCAAUAAAAAUUGGUAACACUUUCCUUGAAGGUAUCUGCAUAAGAGUAACAUGACACUGUCAUGAACACGUGUUCAUGACAGUGUCAUGUCACUCUUAUGCAGAUACCUUCAAGUGAAGUGUAACCUAAAAAUCCUCUAGAAAGUAAGACGUAAUUGAUAUUCCUUGGCAGCCUGGCUGGUCUGUCCAAACUCGCUGCUCACGUCAAUCGGACCGGUUUUUGAAUCGCCAUUUUAAAAAGAAGAGAUGGGAUGUUAAAGAAGGAAAAAAAUGGCAACGUUCAGGUUGCAUUAGUCAGUGUCACCUGUUGUCUCGUGCGGGAAUAAUAAUUUCCCUAAAAGGUUUCCAGCAAGACAGUCCUACAGCACCUGGUGUUCAUGCUUCUCUUUUACUGGAAACUAUAAGAACUGCUCUCCAAUGGAUCAUACCAGUGUUUUACACAUUUCAGCCUUUUCAAUACAAAUAAUGCACAGCUCAGAACUUUUUUUUCUUCUGUAAAGUACACCAAGAAUUUUUGAUUUUGAUUGAUUUCACUGCAGAAACGUGCACGUCACGACUUGCCUUGAUUUUCAAACAGCGGUUAGAAAUAGAGACCAUGCAGUUGCACGAUCGUGCUUCAUUUUAUUUUACAAUUUCUUGUUGAAAUCAUUAUUCUUGAGUCUGACAAAAUAUAAGAACUCAAGUUUCCCUUACUAGCUUUUGCCUACAGCCUGAAGAAAUGGUAAUAUGAAAAUUGUGGGUCAAACGAGUUAAGAUUAUUUUUCUCACAUUGGAAUUAGUAGUUUGAAGACAAAGAUGUAGUUAAAGGCUCUGGCAAUCUCAUAUUUUUGCCAUCAAACUUUUAAUUUUUUAAGAUCCACGUCCUAGCUUUUUUUUUCUAUUCCCCCCCCCAGAGCUUCCCGCUGCAGCUCUCAGCCUUCAGUCGAGUUUGGUUUUGCAUUUCCGUGGCUAAGAACAAACCGUUUGGGAGUUUCUUGAGACUGAGUCGAGUUUCUGAUUUCUCCCAGCAUGCACCUGCUGGACUCAGACACUCAGUUACUGUUUCCAAGUCUUAAUUAUUUGUAGUAAAUAGG